AGAAGCAGAGUCAGCAAAGAAAACGAUGGUCUCCUUUGCCCCGUAGGAAGCAGAGCAACCCGACCAGGCAUCCAUGGCAGCCUCGCCCUCCCUCAUAGAUGCAUGGGGUGCCCCCGCGCCGUGCGGGCGUGUCGGUCGGCGUGUGUUGCGACCGUGGCGAUCUGCCUCCUCCCGGUAUUAUUGCCGCUGGUGCUCCUCUGGCUGCCGCUUCUCUCCUUCGCCGUCGCCGUCGUCCGGUUCCGCCGCCGGCGGAGGAGAAUGAUGAUGACUAGGGGCGGCUGCUGCUUUCACGGCGGUGAUCGAUCGCCUCCGCCAGAAAGUGAGCCGGAUGGCCACCGGGUGGCGCGGCUGCACAAGUACCUCGAGGACCAGAUGGAGCUAGUGGAGGAGGAGGCCGGGGGCGCCAUGGCGGCCGUGCUUGCCAGAAAUCCAUGGGCAGCGUAAGGAAAGAAACCCGUGCUUUCUUGCCGGAAACUUUUCCCCCUUUUCGCUCGACUUUUCUGGCUCCGGCAGAUGUUGCUCGCGAGGUUAGUAGCAAGGCGCCGAGAACUUCGUCUCUUGAUUAGAGGUUGUUGGAUUGAUAUGUUAGCUGGAAUGGUUGGAGUUCUUGUUGAUUUCAUCUCAGCCCAUGUAUCUUCCACUUAUAAUUUUUUGAGUUGGCGAGUCCGUCUACUAUCUCCUCAGUAUUUCUCCUCUCAACUCUGACAAAUGAGACCAUACAAAUGUACAAGUUGAGCAAGAAACGAUGUGCUUUUGGUCGUGCUUAA